CAUGUCUUCUUCAAAUUCUGCCACCUCUAGGGCGUCUUCUUCCUCAAGGCGAUCGUACACUUGUAGCUUUAGGUCUCCGGUGAGAUACAGAGUUGGCCCGAUGGACUACCAUCCAGCUGUGCCUUGCUGGUGUAGGCAAAGGCCGAAAGCGGCCAUGUGGAUCUCCUGGAGUGACGACAAUCCAGGCAGGAGGUACUACACAUGCGCCAAGGCAAGGAUGGGGGGGGGGUGCGAGUUCUACGCUUGGCACGAUGAUCCUAUUGAAGAUGAAUUCCUGAAACAACUAUUAAUCGAUCUGCGGGACAAGGUUCGUAUGCUUGAACGGAUGAAUGACGAGCUCCGUUCGGAAGCAAAGGCAGUCCAACAUUUUCAAGAAAGUCAGGAGAUUGCAGAGCAAGUCCCAGCGCGAAACCUUGCCAGACAGCACAGUGGGUACGUGCUGAAAGUUGCUGUGUGUGUUCUUGUGGUGGCACUUGUUUACAAGGUGUUCUGCAUGUAG